GCUAUUCAAGAACCUAACGGUGGUUACAGCCAAGACAUCGGUAUACAUAGUACUGCAUUCUGCUUUGUAAUGAGUGGUAGCCUCACGAUUAGCAUGACCUCAGCAAAUGGUGUGAGGUUGAGUUACGUGACUUGUUCAUGCGGAUCAGGCAGUUCAUUUCAAUUUGAGAAUGAAAAUCCAUCCCUAAUUUAUAAUUUUAAGUUCGUCUCAGACGUCUGCUGUCCUAAUUUUGUACCUAGUAGUUCUAGCAGCUCUAUGAGUGCAGGAACCGUGAUGGUCAUCGUAUUUUUCUCUGUGCUUGUCGUGUACGUUCUGUUUGGGACAAUAUUCCAAGUCGCCGUAAGAAAAGCACAAGGACGAGACAGGAUACCCAACGUUUCUCUGUGGACGGCGUUUCCUAGUCUCGUUAAG